GGAAAAUUUUCAAACAGGAAAGAGGCUACAGUAUCUUUAGCCGCUUAUCAAUGUAAGGGAUCAAUAUGCAAGUUAUAAUUAAGGCUAAAAAGGCGGAACUAACCAUAUUUUUGAUGAGUAGUCAUCAUGGCCGCAACUCUUGAGAGCAUUAUACUUGGGAACGCAGCUGAUUGCAUAUAGUAGUCCUCGCAUAUAUGUUCGGGCUGAAUGUCACAACAUGACGGUCCUUGUCCUUGGGAUAGUUGGGGGCGACAAAAUCUGCUGUCCAGGCACCAGCACAGCCGCUUUGUUGCUGAUAUAAGGUACAUCUCCCCCCAACAGCAGAUUGCUAUGCUCCCAUUUAGCUUGAAUCUGAGUUUCACAAAUUACCCUCUUGUAUGAGCAUUGUUGUGUUUGCGAACUGCGUUACUCUGUGAUCCAUUUGGACGACCAAUCAAUACCAUCUCACGCCUGGAGCAGUUGAUGUUGAAGACGACCCCAAUUGAACUUUAAAGAAGGUUUCAUUGUCCAUUUGAAUUGAAACUCAUCCAAAAAAGUCUCAGGCACGAUCACCACCUGGCGUUCCUGCAAAUCUUCGCCGUUCUGAUGACGACAAAGAACUUUCACCAGGAAAAGAGAAAACAUCCCUGAAACCUUUAUCUCCAGAGGAAUUGAAAACAUUGGAGUCUACCGCUGAUUACAACUUACGUAAGAAGAUUGGUAAAUGGUGGAUUGGAGACCUUCCAACAGAUACUGGUUGGAUGAACCACGUUGAGUGGGAAUACAGGAUGAAGUCAGGUCGGGACUCAGAGAAAUGGGUACUUACGAUUGAUUCAUUCACAAGCUCAACUGGUCGGAAGGAGACCGGUAUAGAUAUUAUAUCGCCCUAUUUGAAAAAGGUGAUUUGCGGCGUAGUCAAAUUUGACCCUUCGCUAGACCGAUUUUCGGAUCGACUUUCGUAAGUCUCCUUCCAGUACAUGUACAAAUUCUUGAAUCUAAUCUGAGGCAGCAUGCGUCAUCCAUUCCAACCCUUUUUCCACCACUGGAAUGACAUAGAGAAAGCCAUAGGAAACGACAUAGGUGUGCAAGAAGAUGAAAAGGAGGCUUUCGAAAUCUUGAAGUGGGUCUACGAAAAGUAUUUGCCAGUAAAAGACCCACAAAGUACUCUCAAAAGUCAACAUGAAUCUAUCCGACAGUACCUCGAAUCAAGCGAGAUCAACUACGAGAAUUUGUGGGCAGUUUACGAACCUGGAACUCGGGUCCUUGUUCGUGACAAAUUGGGGGAAUGGCAGAUGUUAAUGGUGGUUUCUUGCGAAUUGGACCUGGAGAAUGAAUCUAAUCAUUGGUCUAGACAACAGCGAGCACGCCCUAAGUGGAAGGUUCGUAUGUGGCAGAUGACCUGGAAUAGCGCGAAAGAAUGUUUUACAAGAAUCUUGUGGCCCCGGGCAAUACAACCAUUCCUGGGCACGAGACAAAUAUCAAAUCUCCAAGUCCUGCCACUAGAAUAUUACGAAGAUAAGACCGGUAAACUCUCCAAAAUGCAAGCUCAAAGCCAGCUCCAGCAGGCCCUCGAAAAACGUGGCAAUAAGUGGGCUACUUUCAUCAAACAAAACGACCCUACCUGUUUGUAUUACGAGGGGCCAGCGGCGAAACUUCCUGACCCAGAGCCCUCUUCUUGGAACUCAGAGCCUCCACCGGCGACAGUCGUGAACGUGAGUUGCUUUAACCAAAUACCACGAAAUACACUGACAAUAUUUUUAGCUGAAAGGUAGAGUCGUUAUGGACCAAGAUAGAGACUUCAAUAUUGGCGAUUUGCACGAAUUCCCUCGCAUACCGUCUCCUUAUGGGCCCGUACAAGAUAUGGUCGCUUUUGAGAACGACGUUUUAGCGUCAGAUAACAGACCGGAAUAUGCAGCUUCUGAUGAUAAUCCUCGGAGCAAGCAGUUUCCUUGGGAAAGUUUCCAGGCGCAGCUGUGUCCAACAGCAAUCUUAAGCUUUCACAUGGAAUCCAACGGAUGGCAUUUGGUCCCUGUUGAGCACCUUCAAAAAGUCCCCUGGCGUUCGGAUAUGUUAGAGAACCUUGUUAUGUUGGAAGAAAAGAAAAGUCUGCUAGUAGAUCUGCUUGAAAGCUAUAAAACCAAAGAAAACGCGGGUAUUCAAGAUAUCGUCAAAGGCAAAGGAGAGGUAAGCAGCAGACUGACUAUAAUUGAAGGCAAUCUGAUUGUGUGUCUAGGGUUUGGUAGUAUUGUUACGCGGACCUCCUGGAGUAGGCAAAACAUUGACAGCAGGUAGAACUCCCAUUACUUGACCUGCUUAAUACAAACAGGAUAGUGCUGACUUUAUGCAGAGGUUGUAGCAGAGAACCUUCAUCGGCCUUUGCAAUCAAUAAGCCUGUCAACUUUACUUGACCAGCGAGGCGAUUUUGAAACUUCCCUCAUAGAAACGUUUCAGCAAGCUUCACGUCAAAAAGUCAUCUUAUUACUUGACGAAGUCGACGUCAUCUUAGAGGAACGCGCUUAUGAGGACGUGAGACGAAAUAGUAUUGUAUCAAGUAAGUACAAGGACAUAGUUGCAAGCAUCUACUUACAAUAGAUCCAGUUUUUCUUAGAAGGAUCGAAUAUUUCGACGGGAUAGUCUUCUUGACAACUAAUCGUCCUGGGACAAUAGAUGAAGCUUUCGAGUCCAGGGUCCAUUUGUCUAUCGAAUACCCGAAACUCAACUCCGCAUUAAGGACCAAACUUUGGCUUCAAUUCCUCAAAAACCUUGAGCCUCAAGUGGAUUUCAAUAUCGCAGAUGUUAUAGAUAAUCUCGAUAAACUGAAGUUACACGGUCUCAAUGGACGUCAGAUUCGUAACGUGAUUAACGUAUCGGCUGCCAUCGCGAGGGCAAGAACUGGCGGGGUGUUAGAUGUUGAGGUUGUGAAGAGGUUAGCAUGGGAAGCUAGUGGCCUUUUCGAAAGAUUGUCCGGAAAUUCUAACAAGUCGAAGAGUAUAACUAGUAGAGGGGAGAGGGGUAGCUUUUAUGGUGGAAGUGGCUAUAGGUGAUUCCAGAUAACAUUAUCUGACUCAUUUAUUGUUUCAGAGCAAUGAUUUUGGGGACAUAUGGUCGCAAAUACGUCUUUAUUUACUGGUUUCAUUCCUAACAUAUAGAGCUUCAGUCUCACCUGUCCUAAUCUCUCUCAAAUAUCCUGUGAUCAAGUAGCCUACCUGAGGUAGUGGCUCACGAUGACGCUAACUCUUUUGAGGAAUUUAUUUCACAAAUACAGUAUAAGGGACCAGAAGAAAUACACUACCCUCAAAAAAGAAGAAGAGCUAACUGCCUCAUUAUAUAAUACAAGGACAGUACUUAUAAUCUAUCGGUAAUGGACAACAGCAUGCUAAGCGAGCCUCGAACCUGGUACAAGGAAGAGGGUAACGCACUUACCUACAGCUCAAUGUAUUCAAAUAAGCUGGCGUGUGAGUCGUUAAGCUUAUGAUUGAAGCUAGAUUGGGAGGCACACUCGCCGGGUUUCUGUAUUUGGUGGUGGGGUUUUCCGUAUUUUGGUGAGGUUUCGAUAAGAUGCAUCAAUUUAUUAUAAAUAUUUACUAGCAAUUCCGAGGACGAGAAAGGAAAUAGAGUGGUUGGUGGAGAGAAAAUAAUUUAUUGAUGCUCUUUUCUGUCAUUUGGGGGCGGCGCAGCUGCAGGUGCUCGCCGGGGAUUCCUCCUUUCGGACAGCCCUGCGAUGAAUGCAACACUAUGAUUGGGCGGUCUUACCCGGAAGAAGAUUCUAACGAUUUAGAGCCCGAAAUUCAAAGCAUUCGUCAUGCUCCUUAUCUGCAGGAAAUCGGUACUUCAGAUGUUUUACCCGGCUCAAGUUACACUGCGCUAAGAACGGAGAAACUUCUCUUAGGCAAGACCCCCUUUUUUCUUGACAGAGAACAUCUACAUUUACUUUACACUUUGCCUUGGAAUUCCUCUUGUUUCUCAAAAUCUCGCCAUCCUAUAGCUAGCUUUUACAAUAAAGAGUCUACUUAUACAGUAAGUUUCGCAAUUCGAAAGUGGUAGAAAGGUGAUGGGGCUAAGUUUGACAUUAGGUCUCUACAACAACGACGCCAUAAUCCAUGCACAAUUGUUGGCUUUUGAAUCAGCGACCUUGAUUGUCUGCCUGAACAACAAUCGUCACUAUCAAAAGGUGGCUCUAAUGCCAGCACACAAUGAGUCAAGCAUUCGGGAUGAUUUUGGAUGGGUUCAAUCCCCAGAUGGCCGCGGCACUCUUGACAUCAUCUGGACUUGCCUUCUAGUCAUCUUUACAGCUGUUUAUACGGCAAUACAUCUCAAUGUCCCAGCACCCACAGAUACCUUCUUCAAAAUAGCCAUCCGUAAGUUUCGCUGGAUACUUGGUGCCAUUCUUGCCCCCGAUGUUGUAACUGGCGUUGCUGGUUCUCAAUGGCAUAGCGCUCGUACAUCUGUUUUUGCAAUGCGUUCCCUCGGCUACAACUCCUGGACUAUGGAACAUGCGUUUUACGCAGAUAGUGGAGGAUUUCUGCUCCACGCUCCGGAUAUGCGUCCAUUUCCUAUCAACGCGGCCUCUGUCCAUUUUCUAGUGAAGAGUAAUUACCUCCCGCUGCCAAGUAUUACGCGGGAUGAAAUAUGGGAUCGAAGCAAGUCCGACAAAUUCGCUAAAGGUGCUGCGUUAAUCCAAACUGGCUGGCUAGUCAUCUCGUCGAUUGCUCGCUUAGCAGAAGGUCUUCCCCUUUGUCAACUUGAGAUAUUUACCCUCGCGUUCGCUGUGUCGACUGUCAUGACCUAUUACUUCUGGCUUCACAAAGCUCAAAAUUUGACAACUUCAACUGUUCUGGUCAUGGAAAGUACUCUGGCGAAGGUAUUAACAGACGCUGGCACAAGAGCUGAUAGUCCCUGGCGAGACACUCCUAUGGACUUUGUUGAAAAACCAUUGACAAACUGGAAACGCAGAGAUACAUUGGAAAAGUUCGACCUUAAUGAAAGACCUUUGCAAAGAAUACCAGACGAUGCACAACUACCCCAUCAGAGUUGGGAAUUGGCUAUGACACUUCUUGUUGCUAUGCCAUCUAUGCUACACUCUGCUCUUCACUUAGCGGGAUGGAAUGUUGAGUUUCCCACAACUGAGGAAUCUUUACUUUGGAAAGCAUCGGCCAUCACUCUAACAGCAAUUGGAUGCAUCUCAUUUGCUGUAGUAGGAGUACUUAGACGACGCGGAUAUUGUUACGAGUACGUUUUGUGCUGGAUAUGGGUUAAACCCAACCCGCAGCAGGCGAGGUGGCACUAUACUGCUCCAGAAAUCUUUCUUACAAUUUGUACCGUGUUGUUGGUGCUGGCGAGAGUUUGCCUGGUGUCGGUGGUCAUUGCUAGUCUGCGAUCAAUGCCAAAAAGAGUGUUUGAUACACCGAAUUGGACGAAUUAUCUUCCUCAUGUAUAAUAGAAUCUUGAAAUAGACAUCAAAGAGAAUCAUAACAGAGUCUCAUGCUUCUUGUAUAUGCUGACCUAGCUGUUUCUCAUAUAGAGUACAGAAAGCAUACAGUGGAAAACUCCGAUAUUGGCCUUCAUAGCACCCAUUGAAUCGCUUAGUGUUGACUUCUAAAGUGCCCGCUUCAACAGUGUGCAAUGGGCAGGUAAUGCUGGACCCUGGAUGUGGAAGCCACUUGAUUAUGUGAGAGUUCGAAUCGGUCCGAACUUCAUCAGUCCCGUCACUCAAUCGCGACCGGAAAGUCGAGAUUCUCGAACUAAUCCUACCUAG